UUUGAGGUUAUGUUAGUAUUAAUUCGACAUUCGCUUUAGACGAACGUGCGGCGGUGCAUCGCGUACCGGCUCCUGUGAUCGUGUGCAUUUUCGUUACGUCACGAUCGAUAUCUUGGACAAUCAAGUGCAUUAUUGCAGUGUCUGUGCAGACGGUGUAUGUAAAUUAAUUUUUAAAGUUUUGUAACCGCCAUGGUAAUGUUUUUAAAAUUAUCAUGCCAACCGGACGUAUGCUGUUGCGUUAAAUACAACUUUUCUUUUUAAGGAGAUAAAGUAAAAUGGGUGCUCCUGCGUGGGGUACCCGCGGCGGUGGCGGCGACCGUCCGCGCCUGCUGCGCAUGACGCCGCUGCGCCACAGCUUCGCUGCGCCCGCGUCGCCGCCCGCGCCGCCCCCGCGCGCGCACGACUACGCAUCCGACGCCGACACCAACAAGAAAGAAGAAGGAUGGAAUGCGAAUCUUUCGCAGAGAUGGCGAAAAUUACGUCGGCGAUGUUCACGUUUGAGGCCUGGUUCAGGCAACCGAGAACCCAGUCCAGUACGCUGCUCUCCUUCUCCUCCGAGACCGCCUCAACACUGCUCGCCUGCGCCACCGUCGAAGUUAUCCUUUAGACAUAGAGGGAAAGUGUACACAACAGCGUCGCUUCGUGUCACUAGUGGCGCUCCAGAUUUACUUCGUGCUCUGGGGAAGCUUGGCGGUGGUCUCCGGCGCCGUGCACUCUCCGCACACGACGUCCUGGCGCCACCACAGCAACAGCCGUCCACUUUCUACGUUCCUAGUCCUACUGCAACACGUCACCCCCCAUCACCAUCACCGCCACGCCAGUCAGCUUCAGUGCGACGCCGGUGCAGUUCCCCAAACGUGUAUAGAGCAGCCAAAGACUCUGCAGCACAAAGAGACCGCACGCCUCUUAUUAGUCAAGAAGAUGAAAGCCGAGAUGUGGUUGAUUAUAAUUACGUACUUGAAAGGAGGAAGAAUAGUGCUGAGGGACGAAGUCGACGCCCAUAUAGUGAAAAUGUCGAAUUAGAUGUCCCAUACAGAAAUGGAUACAAUCGUCUUCCAUGUGAAGCUUCCCAAAGGCUUUGGGAAGAGCCGUAUAGAUUGCCACGGGUUCAGUCAAGACAGGAACCGAUGCAGCAGUUGAGGAACGGUGUCGCAGAGCUGCGUGUGAGUGCGACUCCGAGGUCAGCCCGGCCGCCACCCGCCCCGCCUGCCGCCACUCAGGUCGGGAAAAGACCACCCGCACCUGAACCUAGAGAUACUCACACGUUUGAGGUGCGGUUUACGAAGUCAGCUGGCGGGAAAGGUCUCGGAUUCAGCAUCGUGGGAGGGCGGGACUCGCCGCGCGGAGACAUGGGCAUUUUUGUCAAAACCAUUUUCAAUAACGGCCAGGCAGCUGAAUCUGCACUCAGAGAAGGUGACGAGAUCCUAUCAGUGAAUGGACGAUGCACAGCCGGCCUGACCCACGGAGAGGCCAUUCGUCUGUUCAAGGACGUGCGCGCUGGUCCAGUCCUGCUGCGGGUUACGCGGCGCCCGCCUCGCUGACUGCGCUGCGCCUGCUGUGACCUCGGCCACGAGCAGCAGGCGCUGACCAGAGCCGCCGACAUCUACUCCACUAUGUAGCUCACAAGACCACUACAAAAGUCAAGACUUACCUUGGAGAACUAAAUGACUAGCGGAGAUGCCAUAAGAUAAAAUCGCCUGAGAAAGUAGCGCGCCAAAAUGCAGGUGAUCGGGGGCGAGGAAUGUUACUCUUUUCGCCCUUAUACACCUUCUUUGGACCCGACUAAAAUACCAAAAAUCGGUGACAGACGUCUCAAAGAACCCGAACGCCUCAUUAGUUUACUCGUAACUGAUUGUUUUGAUCAAGUGUCCCGUACGCAUUUGAAAUAGAAGAAGGCGCCUAAUCUACCUGGAUUACGGCAUCUCCGCUCAUCUCCUUACUCCGUGAGAGUUUCUCAUACUCACAAGACCACUACAAAAGUCAAGACUUUCACUAACCAAAUGGAUGUUCCACUUAAGCAAACCGCUUUUUAAGUAGUGGCGUUGAAGCUUAAGGCAGUAGAUAAUAAGGAUCUGCGGAGGAAACUAACGUAGCUGAAGUUGCACGUUAAGCCAGUAUCGUUGACCAGUGACUAAGGCAGACAAAUGCAUUAUUAUCACUUUGCAUGUGUACAGAAAUGGAUUGUCUUCAAAAAAACAUUUAUCCUGGACGUAAACUUUACUUAAUCAUGAAGCAUAUAUUUUUGUACCACGUAUUGGAGACAGGAUUUUCAAUACGCCCCUACUUUAAUGCCAGUUGCUGAUGCAUUCCAAAAAUUAACAUUGCCUACAUUCUCAAUUCCGAUGUGCAAUCCAUUAUCUAAGGAUACGGCUUUCUCUUUUUCUGCAACACGUUCGCAUUGUUACAAAUCGGACUAGACGAUUAGACAUGAUUGUGAACCAUCUCGCAUGUUAAGAACUCAUUUAGUAUGGAAUAUUCUAACUGCGCAAUAAAAGAGCGACCACAUCACAACUAAUCACUGUCUAUAAAAUAAAUCUUCUUAAACCAUUUUCGUUCCAUUAUCUAAUAGAGAAUAUUAAGAUUUUGAAAGCAAAAAAAAUACUAAUUUAUUCAAUGGGUAUAUCAAGACAAAUAAUAUACCCUUUUCUGACCCCGAAAGUGUGUCAUUGUAAAAAAACAAGCCAUUUUCUGAGAUGAACGUACGGCAAUAUGUCGUAUUUUAACUAUUGCUAUAGAGGUACAAAAGGUAUGAUCGAAUUUACACACUUCCCAGGCAUGUUAUGAACUGCUUAUCAUGAAAUCAUUUCUACUCGCUAAUAUCGAAGUUACAUUAUGAUAGUAAUAGCAGCUAUUUUUUGGAAAAUUUCACCAAACUACUAUGUAAGAAUAUUUUUGGAAACUAUAUAUAAAAUUAUGUAUUUGUGCAGCAUAAUAUAUUUAAAAUUUUAUAUUAUAACGGAAAGUAUUUUGACCUUGCAUUUAUUAAUAAAUUGCCGAAAGUGUUAAUCGAAUGUAGCUAUAUUGCUCUACUUAAAUAUACCUAUAUUUAUUAGUAUUAAAAACUUUGCGAAUGACUUGAUCUAACAAUUUAUAUGCAAAUUUACCUUUCAAAUGUGCUGAAGAGCAAAUAAAGUGGGUCUAUAAGCCUACCUAGUAUUUAAAUCCAAUCGAUUUUUUUAUCAUUGGCACCAAUAAUUUUGCUCAAAAGUGCAUAUAGAUUUUGCAAAUAAAUUGUUGAGGAUCUAGGUUAAGACUAACUAAACUAACGAAAGCAAACGAAAAGUAUUAGAUACACACAGUUUGAUACAAUUUGAUAAAAAUUGACUGUGAUAUUGAUUCAAAGCUGAGUGCAACGUAUAGAGUUCGUAAUUAUAAGGCUAACUAACUUAUUUUUAUAUCUAUAACCUAUACUUAGUACGUAUUGUAAAGAUAAAGUACAUAUAAAAAAAAUAAUGAUAGGUUUAUUUAAACUUUACCUAUAUGAGGAAAGUUAGGUCUACAUAAGUGCUAAGUGCUUUUAUUAGAGUCAACAAUGUAUGUAUUUUAAUAACUCGUUUUGUACAAAAAUGCUAUUUAUAUCUUUAAAAGUUGGUAAAAUUGACGCACAAAAUCUAUUUAUACCGUAGGAAAAACCCAUUUGCACAACUACACUUUAACUAUUUUGUAUAACAUAUUCAACGUAAACAUAUUCUACAUAUACAUAGUAUUAACUUUCUUAAGGGGACUCUUUUCUAUUUGAAAAAAAUCACUUAUGUAUAAAAAUAUCAUGAAACAUAAUAAUAUGCGUAAAAGACAAUGGGAAAAUCAGUCGUCGACUUGAAAGGUGUCAUUUUCAAACAAUUGUGGCUACACCUGCAGCACACUAUUUGCCUUCACAAGACUGUAUUUAUAAAAUAAUGUACUAAGUCCAAAUAUUUUUAUAAUAUACAAAAAUAACAAUGUACAUAUUUCCGUGAGUAAUGUAGUUUUAAGUAUAUUCGACCAAUGAACUAGAAAGCAUAACAAUGAUAAUUACGGUGGCUAACCGAGUAUUUUUGCAUUUUACUAAGUAUGGCAUUUUACUGUAGACGCAACACAAAUAUUACUUAAAAAUAUAUGUAUAUUUUAAAAGAA